AUACAUUGUUGGGUACAUAAAUAAUUCAGGUGCUACAGUUCACGAUAAAAUGGGCUGUUUCUGGGCGGCUAAAGCUGCGCUGCAAGUAUAUAAAGCGCAGAUCCAACCCUUUGCGAUCACAGGCCCUCAGAUCUUCUAAGCGCCCACCGCACUACUUCAGCAUGAAGGCCUUCUUAGCUGUCGUCCUCAUAGUAUCUAGCGCCUCAGCUGGCUUACUACCAGCUCCUCUUGGCUACGCCAGGCCGUACGGCUUGGCAGCGCCACUGGCCGCACCACUUGCAGUAGCACGACCGGCCAUCGCCGUCGCCAGACCUGCGCUCGCGCCCUACGCUGUGGCCAAGGUUGCAGCACCAGUUGAAGAUUAUGACCCCAACCCUCAAUAUUCAUACGCCUAUGAUAUCCAGGAUGCUCUUACUGGUGACUCAAAGAGCCAACAAGAGUCUCGUUCCGGAGACGUAGUCCAAGGCUCAUACUCGCUCGUGGAACCCGACGGCACCCGCCGUAUUGUAGAGUACACCGCCGACCCACACAACGGCUUCAACGCCGUUGUCCACAAAGAACCUUUAGGAGCAGUUGUGAAGGCAGUAGCGCCUGUUGCUGCUUAUCACUAGUCCGUUUUAACUGAACAGAUUUACUUAUAAUAUGCAUAUAUUUCAGUGACAGAACAACUAGUGUAUGUAUUCAUAAGGUAAAGGCAAUUUCAUCCAUGAAUAGAUUAUCCCAUAGCCUAUGCAUUGGUUAGUCUCUACAUAUUCUAUGCACGGGUUAAUCCUAGUCCAUGCAUAGGUUAGCCAUGUUUGCUUCUACCGUAUAAUUUUACACAAAGUUCAUGAUCGUUGCCUAUUUUUGAUAAAUUAAGCGAUCUAUUGAUCACGUUAUUAUGACGGUAGUUUUCUACGUAACGAUAUUUCCACCAGUGACGCUGUGCGUCUUCAUUAUUUAUUUUUGCUUUGUAAGAUAAAAAGGUAUUUGUAACUUUUCUAUCACUGAAGUAUCCAUAUUAUUAUUAGGUCUGUCUAAAUGUUUGUUGUGUUAUAAGUGACCUCUGCCAAUUUUUAUGUUGAUGAGUGCAUUUUAGUUUUACUUGUUAAAUUGUUAAUGUAAAUAAGUGUUAAAAACUAGGGUAAUAAAUAAGAGGAAUCAAAUAUU